AUGUCUGAAGUAGAGGGCGAGACAUUCGCAUUCCAGGCUGAGAUUGCUCAGUUAAUGAGCCUUAUUAUCAAUACUUUCUACAGUAACAAAGAAAUUUUUCUUCGUGAGUUGAUCUCCAAUGCGUCAGAUGCGCUUGACAAAGUCCGUUACCAAGCUCUCACCGAGCCUUCGGAACUUGACACCGGAAAGGAGCUAUUCAUCAAGAUCACACCGAAUAAGGCCGAUAAGACUUUGACCGUUUUGGAUACCGGAUGUGGCAUGACAAAAGCGGAUCUGGUCAAUAACUUGGGUACAAUUGCAAAAUCUGGCACCAAAGCGUUUAUGGAAGCGUUGCAGGCUGGUGCGGAUAUUUCUAUGAUUGGUCAAUUUGGUGUUGGCUUCUAUUCGGCUUUCCUUGUUGCGGACAAAGUACUGGUAACAUCGAAACACAACGAUGACGACUGUUAUCAGUGGGAGUCAUCUGCUGGAGGUUCAUUCGUUAUCCGCCAAGUGAACGAUCCCGAGCUGACCCGUGGUACAAAAGUUAUUUUGCAUAUAAAAGAAGACCAAACUGAGUAUUUGGAGGAGCGAAAAAUUAAAGAAAUUGUGAAAAAGCACUCGCAGUUUAUCGGGUAUCCCAUAAAACUGACUGUUGAGAAAGAACGUGAAAAGGAAGUAUCGGACGACGAGGCGGAAGAGGAGAAGAAAGAAGAGAAGGAGAAGAAGGAGGGAGAAGUUGAAGACGUUGGGAAGGGUAGUGAUAAGCCCAAGAAGAAGAAGAUAAAGGAGAAGUAUCAUGAGGAUGAGGAAUUGAAUAAGACGAAACCUAUUUGGACUCGCAAUCCAGAUGAUAUAAGCAACGAUGAGUAUGCUGAAUUCUACAAGUCAUUGUCAAACGACUGGGAGGAUCAUUUGGCUGUAAAACAUUUUUCAGUGGAAGGCCAAUUGGAGUUUCGUGCACUUUUAUUUGUUCCGCAGCGUGCUCCGUUUGAUCUGUUUGAAAACAAAAAGAGCAAAAAUGCAAUAAAGUUGUAUGUAAGGCGUGUCUUUAUCAUGGAAAAUUGUGAAGAGCUCAUGCCGGAGUACUUGAACUUCAUAAAAGGAGUAGUCGACAGUGAAGAUUUGCCUCUUAAUAUCUCGCGUGAAAUGUUACAGCAGUCAAAGAUUUUAAAGGUCAUUAGGAAGAACUUGGUGAAAAAAUGCCUGGAACUUUUCGACGAGAUCUCUGAGGACAAGGAUAAUUUCAAGAAGUUUUAUGAACAGUUCUCAAAGAACAUCAAGCUCGGUAUUCAUGAAGACUCAACGAACCGCAAGAAGCUUUCGGAGUUUCUGCGGUUCUACUCCUCAAACUCGGGAGAAGAGCCGACUUCCCUAAAAGACUACGUUAGUAGGAUGAAAGAGAACCAAAAGCAAAUCUAUUUCAUUACUGGGGAGUCGAAGGAGGCUGUUGCUACGUCCGCUUUUGUGGAGCGCGUAAAAAGACGUGGAUUUGAAGUUUUGUACAUGACUGAUCCCAUCGAUGAGUACUGCGUGCAGCAACUCAAAGAGUACGACGGCAAGAAGUUGGUUUCUGUUACUAAAGAAGGUCUUGAACUGCCAGAGACAGAAGAGGAGAAGAAGAAGUACGAGGAGGACAAAGUGAAGUUCGAGAACUUGUGCAAAGUCAUCAAAGAUAUAUUGGAGAAGAAGGUCGAGAAGGUCGUUGUUUCGAACCGUCUUGUUUCAUCCCCAUGUUGUAUUGUCACGUCUGAGUAUGGGUGGUCAGCAAAUAUGGAACGUAUCAUGAAGGCUCAAGCGCUUCGUGACUCAUCAACUAUGGGUUACAUGGCAGCGAAAAAGCACUUGGAAAUUAAUCCGGACCAUUCUAUCAUUAAAACACUGCGUGACAGGGUUGAGGCUGACAAGAAUGACAAGACUGUCAAGGAUUUGGUGGUUUUGCUUUUUGAGACAGCACUCCUCUCAUCCGGAUUUAGUUUGGAUGAGCCGCAACUUCAUGCUUCUCGUAUUUACCGCAUGAUUAAGCUUGGCCUGGAUAUCACUGAGGAAGAUGAGGAAGAGCCAAUCGCAUCUAGUUCUGCCCAGGCGGACGAGGCAGUGCCAAAUCUUGCUGGCGCUGAUGAAGAUGCUUCUCGUAUGGAGGAAGUUGACUAA